UGUCCAUCCCACAGCCGGCCCCUUCCCCGCUCGCCGCCGCCCGCCCGGGUCCCCUACGGCGCGGACUUUCCCAGCUCCCCUCGCCAGCAGCGGUCCGGGACAGGCCCGGGCCCCGGAGCCGCCGCCGCCUCAGCCUCCUCAGCUCCCGGCAGCCCGGCGCCUAGCGGAUCUGUGCGGUGCCCCCGCCCUGACCUGUCCGGCCGCCGGGUCCGCCCCGCCCGGAGGGUGGCCCGAGGCAGCCGAGAUGAAAGCUCUCCUUGGGAGCCGUGCUACCUGCUGAGAAACAUGAUCAGCAAGUCUCGCUGGAAGAUCUUGGCCGUGCUGGCUCUGUUCCUGGUCAUGGCCUGGUAUUCUAUCUCCCGAGAAGACAGUUUUUAUUUUCCUGUCCAAAUGGAAGGGCUGAAGUGCCCCCAGGGUGAGGUGGAAAAGAAAGCUGCUCAACUCAUUGGCAAUUACUCUCGAGACCAACCCACCUUUUUGCAGUUGAAGGAUUUUUUCUGGAUACAGACAACCUCCACCUACCAGCUACCUUAUGGUGUCAAGGGGAGCGGCCUUAUCCUAGUCCCUGGAGAUGGAAAGACACAAGCAAAACAGACCAUGCUCAUCGAGGAGUCUUCAUUACUGUUGUUACACCUAGAACAAGCAAGCUGCCCAGAAGAUGUGCUCCUGAGGGUUCUGGCCAUCACCAAUUAUGCCAUGCCAGAGAGCAUCCAGAAUCCAAUCUUAGGAAUUGGAUUCCAAUUGGAUGCCAGGCUGAAGUGCCUCCGGUGCGUGGUGGUGGGGAAUGGCCAUCGACUAAAGAACAGCUCUUUGGGGAACACCAUUGACAAAUAUGACGUGGUCAUCAGGCUGAACAAUGCUCCAGUGGUUGGCUACGAGAGUGAUGUGGGAUCCAAGACCACCAUGCGUCUAUUCUACCCAGAGUCUGCCCACUUUAGCCCCAAAGUGCAGAACAACCCUGACACCCUCUUGGUCCUGGUGCCCUUCAAGGCAAUUGACUUCCACUGGAUUGAGACCAUCUUGAGGGAUAAAAAUAGAGUGCUAAAGGGCUUCUGGAAACAGCCCCCCCUCAUCUGGGAUGUCAACCCCAAGCAGGUUCGGAUCCUCAACCCCUUCUUCAUGGAGGUGACUGCUGCUAAACUGCUGAGCCUGCCCAUCCGGCCAUCCCGGAAGAUCAAGCAGAAACCCACCACAGGCCUGCUGGCCAUCACCCUGGCAUUACACCUCUGUGACCUGGUACACAUUGCUGGCUUCGGCUACCCAGACUCCUCUAAUAAGAAGCAGACCAUUCACUACUAUGAGCAGAUUACUCUCAAGUCCAUGUCUGCAUCAGAACACAAUGUGUCUCAUGAGGCUCUGGCUAUCAAACGGAUGCUGGAAAUUGGAGCCGUCAAGAAUCUGACGUACUUCUGACUUUGGCAAGAACUGUACCAGUCCGUCUGUCCCCCUUGUUGCCAGAAGAACCAUUCUUGCAUGGCUCUGGGGAAUCCUGGUGCUUGCGAAAGGCACUUGGACCCAACCCUCUUCCGCUUCAGGGAGAGGGCUCUGGGACUGGCCAAGAGUGGGUUGGGGGCAGUGCCCCAGGCUACACCUGUAAAGUCCAGGGCCCAGCAGGUUAUGAGGCCAUGGAGUCUUAAUGUAAGAGUAUGGGAGCCAAGUCCAGGAGUUAGGGUUGGUGCUUUCAUGACCACUUUCCCCACUGGGGUCAAGAGACUGUUUAAUUUUCUAUUUAAUUGGGGGUAUAGGGGGAUGGCAGGAAAAGUUGGCCACAUUGGGGAGGAGUUAUGGGCUGGUCCCAUAGUAUUCCCAGGAAAGAGAACCAUGGCCCUCAUGGGCACAGUACAGUAUUUUUUAUACCCACACCAAUGUGAUGGAGCCUUUGAGGCCUGGACUCAGAGUUCAGACAACCCAAGAAGUAGGCAGAGAUUCUGGGAAUAUUGUUUGGGCCAGGGGCUGCUGCCUCCCAGCCGGCAUGGGAGGAGAAUGAGGGCAUGAAGGGGUUCUUCAGAGGGAAGGUCCCCAAUUUUGAAAUAGGUUUAUGAACCUGUCAUUAAAUAUUUU